CUUUGUCCGUCUGCAGAGCCGCCCCUCGACUCCCGGCCACCGGCUCGGUUCGCAGCCGCUCUCCGCCCGCCGGGGCUCGGUCCCGGAGAGCCCCGACCCGGUCAGCCCGAGCUGCGGCCCGGGUCCCAUUGUCCGGCGGUCCGUCUGUCCGGAGGCGGGGCCCAGGGACCCGAAGCGCUGCGGAUCGCCGAGGCGCUGGAUUCUCAUCACUUGGAUUCAGGCGCAUUUACUUUGCUCCGUGGGAGCUGCCCCACAGCUGGAGGUGGGAGUGCACCCUCUGUUCUCCAGGCUGGCAUUUUAUCCGUUUCUUUUUUCCGGGGAGCUGCAACCUGUAGGAGAGCAGACUUGGAAUGGACUUUAUUACCUUUAUCUCACAGCUUCGAUUUCUGAUCUUAAAUGGUUAGCACCUUGCAAGGAGGUGGUGUCAUAUCCAGUUGUGAAACUGGGAAAAGCCAAAGCUCUUGGAUCAGGGAAAGAUGUCCCGUCGGAAACAGACAAAUCCAAAUAAAGUUCACUGGGAUCAAGUAUUUGCUGGGCUAGAAGAGCAAGCCCGCCAGGCGAUGAUGAAAACUGAUUUUCCUGGAAACCUUGGCAGUCAGCGACAAGCUAUCCAACAACUAAGAGAUCAGGACUCCAGUAGCAGUGACAGUGAAGGUGAUGAAGAGGAGACCACACAGGAUGAAGUAUCUUCCCACACAUCAGAGGAAGAUGGUGGGGUGGUCAAAGUGGAACAAGAGUUAGAAAAUGCAGAACAGCCUGUUGGUGGUGGGAAUGAAGUAGUAGAGCAUGAGGUCACAGAGAACUUAAGUUCUGACUCCUUGCUUGAACUCUGCCAGUGCCCCCUCUGCCAGCUAGACUGUGGGAGUCGGGAGCAGCUGAUUGCUCAUGUGUACCAGCACACUGCAGCAGUGGUGAGCGCCAAAAGCUACAUGUGUCCUGUCUGUGGACGGGCCCUUAGCUCCCCGGGGUCACUGGGUCGCCACCUCCUAAUCCACUCGGAGGACCAGCGAUCGAACUGUGCUGUAUGUGGAGCCCGUUUCACCAGUCAUGCUACUUUUAACAGUGAAAAACUUCCUGAAGUACUGAAUAUGGAAUCCCUACCUCCAGUCCACAGUGAGGGCCCCUCCAAUGCAGAGGGGAAGGACAUUGCCUUUAGUCCUCCAGUGUACCCUGCUGGAAUUCUGCUUGUGUGCAACAACUGUGCAGCCUACCGCAAGCUACUAGAAACCCAGACCCCCAGUGUCCGCAAGUGGGCCCUACGUCGACAGAAUGAGCCUUUGGAAGUACGGCUACAGAGGCUGGAACGAGAACGCACUGCCAAGAAGAGUCGUCGGGACAAUGAGACUCCAGAGGAGCGGGAAGUGAGGCGCAUGAGGGACCGUGAAGCCAAACGCCUGCAGCGCAUGCAGGAGACUGAUGAGCAACGGGCACGACGGCUACAGCGAGAUAGAGAGGCCAUGAGGCUAAAGCGGGCCAAUGAAACCCCAGAGAAGCGGCAGGCCCGGCUCAUCCGAGAGCGAGAGGCCAAGCGUCUCAAGAGGAGGCUUGAAAAAAUGGACAUGAUGCUGCGAGCUCAGUUUGGCCAGGACCCUUCUGCCAUGGCAGCCUUAGCAGCUGAAAUGAACUUCUUCCAGCUGCCUGUGAGUGGGGUAGAGUUGGACAGCCAGCUUCUGGGCAAGAUGGCCUUUGAAGAGCAAAACAGUAGCUCUCUACACUGAACCACAUUCUCCUGCCUGCCUCCCACCCAAGCCCAAGUGAUCAGUGCUGCAGCCACCCACAAGGCCAACGUCCUUGCUGCCAGAAGCAGAACAGGGUUGGUUGCAGGGGACCCUGUCCACCCUUGCAUGUGGGAACAGGAUGAUGGGAUCAGGAGGGACCCAGCUCAAGAAAGCUCUGGACAAGGGAGCAGGCACUCCAGAGAAGUGAAUUUCUCUGCCCACGGUGGCAAGCCAAGCUUAUGGGACUGUAGGGCCCUGUGCAGUCCAUGAAAUUGUGAGGGCAAAUAAAUUAAUUUUAUCUUUA